AUGGACUAUGGUAUGUUGCAGACGAAUUGCAGAAAGUCAGGUUCCAGAGAGUGGAAUGGAAAGACUCAACACCACCGUUGCUAGCUCGAGGAACAGAAGCCGACGACUUACUCAACCUAGGACCCUGUGACCGUACGAGCAGCUUGUUCCCAGGCUUGACAUUACAUCAGGUCACUCGCCUGAAAGUGCAAGCCUCUCAGAUGUCCAUGUAAGCUCGUUGUACUUUGCAGUUCUGAAGCGUUGACAGUGCAUUAGCGUGAAUCCUUCGGACCACGCUUACAUCCCAGCAACCUCAACCCUGGCACGUGGCAAACCAUCUGCGAAAUGGCAUCUACAGACUAGCGAGGAUAUUGAGAUUGAUCCUGAGAGAAGAGUGACGAGUAAUGUUUCGUUAUGGCAAAAUGUCACCUGCUCGUGAGUUUGAUGCUUCUGGCAUCACUCAGUACCGCGACCCAUUUCAGUCACUCUGCACCCAAAGAGGCCGCUGGCUAUCGGCUCAUUGGCAGAGCAGCGCAAGAUCAUUUGAUCGAGCUCAAUGUCGGUCUCAGACAGGCUGGUCGAGAUGAGUUGAUGCGGCUGGUAGACCAAGGUAUGUCGCAAGACGUUCACAUUGGCCGGGUGCUGAUUCUUCUAUGGUGUCUGAUCCAUGGCAUCCUCAAUAUGGACAAUAUCUUUCGGCGUCAUCAAUUCGAGAUCUGGUUCGACCCUCCGAUGAUACCCUUAGUCUGCUCCAGGGAUGGCUCGAUCAGGCUGGUAUCUCGACCUCACAGGCUUCAUCUAGUCCAGGUGGGGACUGGUACACACUCGAAGUAACCGUUGAGCAAGCGAAUGUGUUACUCGAAGCAGACUACUCUGAGUAUCUACACGAAGAAAUCAACGCUAUCGUUGUUCGGACUGCGAGAUGGUCAGUCCCUCCACGAUUAGCAGAUCAUAUCGACACUAUCCAGCCCACGGAUUCCUUUCUCUGGGCUCAGCCCUCCAGUAUGAAUUCAAGGGAUCGAAGAGGCAAUUCCCACGAAUCAGCCGUAGUGGAUGAACCUGAAAAGGUCGAGAGUCUCAAUCAAGUCGCCACGGGGUUGUCCGAGCAAGAAAUGUCUGAGCUCAUGGCACUGGAUCAGUUACCAAAUGGGUCGGCGGAGCAGGUCUGCAACGCCUCAGCGGUGACAUCCACAUGCAUUGGCAAGCUUUACGGGACUUUCGACUACGAAGUCAAAGCAGCCGAAAGAAAUUCAAUGGGAAUCGUAAACUUCGCAGGCGAGUUCAACAACCGAUCCGAUAUACAAAUCUUCUUCGAAAAGUUCCGACCAGACGCCGCCCAAGCAGGAGCAGCUACUUCGUUUGGAACGAUCAAUAUCGAUGGAGCAAUCAAUCAACAGACACCAGCUUCCCCAGACCAGCUCAAGCACAAGCAAGGACGCGAAGGUAACAUGGACGCCCAAGUUCAAAUGGGAGUCGCAUUUCCAACACCUUUCAUUGCCUACUCAGUGGCCGGCAUAUCUCCAGCAUUCCACCCCGACGAGUACACCCCAACGAAUACGAACGAGCCGUUCCUCAAGUGGCUACACUACAUCCUCGCGCUCGAAAACCUACCAAACGUGAUCUCCAUUUCCUACGGCGAUAUCGAGCAAACAGUACCCUACGACUACGCAAAGAGAAUUUGCGAUAGCUUCGCUCAGCUAGGCGCACGUGGAGUCACAGUCAUAUUCGGUGCGGGGGAUUCAGGAGUUGGAAAGCCAGGCUACUGUCAAUCGAAUAAUGGCUCGGAAGCGUUUGAGUUCCUCACGUCUUUUCCUGCUUCCUGUCCGUACGGAACUUCCGUGGGUGCUACCAGGGGUGUUGGAAGUCAAGAGACGGUAGCUUACAACGAUCGCAACGGGUUUGUGAGCGGAGGAGGGUUCAGCAAGUAUUUCUCUCGUCCAGAAUAUCAGCACAAGAGCGGCGUUGUCGACGCAUAUUUAAACGGAAGCUUUGGAGAAGGACAGUACAGUGGUCUCUAUAAUGCCGGAGGACGGGGAUAUCCUGACGUGGCUGUCAACGGCUACCGGCGUGCUAUGGUCUGGAAUGGCAAUACCUACUUGGUUGACGGAACCAGUGUAUCAGCGCCUACAUUCGCUGGAAUUGUGGCUCUAGUCAACGAUGCGCUGAUUGCAGAGGGCAAACCUACGCUCGGUUUCCUCAAUCCAUGGUAAGCAUUUAUAUCGCUUUUGAGAUCAUGAGAGUUCCUGACCUGUCCCUCCAGGCUGUACUCCGCAGGCUUCGAAGCCUUUCGAGACAUGACAAUGGGCUCGACAAAAGGAUGUGACACUGAUGGAUUUCCUGCUAGUAAAGGCUGGGAUCCAGCCAGCGGGUUUGGAACACCUUGGUUUCCGCGAUUCAAGGAACUGGCACUUGCCCGCCGCUCUCGGGAGCAGCGUCCAUGGUACUGGAAUAUGCAGUAG